GGUCGAGCGCGGUUUAGAGUUUUAGGUCUGCAUGUAAUUAACAUGUUAUUAUCGAAGGUGCUUAGAUAUUGAUCCUGUCAUUCGUGCAGUUACAAAUUCGCGCCUUGGACCUUCAGAUUCACCAGAUCUAUUUGCUUGGUUGGAAAGUUGAUCUCAAGAAAAAUGCCUAAGAGAAAGUCUCCAGAGGUUGCUGAAGGCAAAGAGGCCUCCAAAGUCACAAAGCAGGAGCCCAUCAGACGGUCAGAGAGGUUGUCAUCGAAAACGGCACCAUCCAAGCCAGAGGUGAAGCCCAAGAAGGCCGUCUCUAAGAAGCCUGUGGAAGACAAAGGAUUGAAGAGCAAGAAGGGCGGAGCCAAGGGGAAGAAAGAUGAGGGUCCCACCCAGAAUGGAAGGACUAAGACCGAUGAGAUCUGUGUGUCUCGCUCGUCUGUGUGCGUGUCGUCCAGGAGAAGCGCAGGCCCUUCCUCGAUGUCAGUCAGAGGGCAGAGUGAGACGGUCCGAGUCAAGGGAAACUGAAACCGUGGAGACGGCCCCCGAGGAGAAGGCAUGAGGAAAGGGGCGUGUCCUGCUGACCCCUCCCCUCAACUCAUUGGCAGCAUAAGCAUCUUUUUUACUGAGGAUUUUGUAACAUGCUGAUUUUUAGACCGGUGAUAGACAGAAUGAUAACCAGCACCCCAUGUCCACACACCUCCUUCAGUUCCCUGUUCUCCUUCCUUCCUCUCCGUUCUGUUGUACCACACGCCUCACCCCCCCCCCCCGCCUCCCCCCAAAGACAGACAGAAUGAAGUGACAUGUUUUUAUAGAACGACUUCAUCUUAAAGUGAGGGUGCUGUUACAGUGUAUCUUAGUCAUGGCUUUACUUUUAAUGAAAUGAACCAGCCUUGGACAAACGGUGGGCGUAGAAUGAGGUCUAGGUCUUCAACGCUGGCCCUGUGCUGAAGGUUCGGAUCUGGGGCAGGAUGCUAACCCUACAUCUAUGCCUUUAGGCCUUUCCUUCCCUCAACUAUUAGACACAGAAGGGCACAUCACAAUUAUAAAUCACCUUCUCAAAUCUUUUUCAGAAUUGCCACUCUUUGUUUUGCAUACAUACCUUUUCUGUCACAGUGUUCAUUCAUGUGCGUGUGUGUGUGUGUGUUGCCCUAAUUUAACUUUGUUUACAGUUUGUUGUAUCAUUCCUCUUAAUAAAACCCCUUGUCUCCUUGCAGAGCAGCAUAGCAAUAACAAGUGGUGCUUUUAAAAUGCUCAAUGGGCACCAUGUUUCUCUUGAGAUUCAAUCUGUGGAAAAUAUUUUGAAAUAAAAUGUAAAAAAAAGUAGAUGAGCUCUG